AUGAGUUGCUGCAAAUUCGCUGGCUCACCACAGAUUCGGCGCAUGCUGGUAGCAAGCAGCUCGUCAGAUACGUCAAAACAUUGGUCUCCGUACAUAUCGAGUCCAAAGUGCCAACUGCUCAACAACUCAGUAAGGGUCAUCGUUGUCCUGCACAGAAUGUCCGGCCGAUUUACUGGUGAAACCUUUGCAACAACGAAUGACGAGGAAGGAGUCAAGUGUUGCGAGACCGCAUUGCCGUCGCCAUAG